UGGCUCUUGGAUAUUCACAUUUCUUUGGAUUGAGAAAAACAAAAUAAUUUUGAUGAAUUAUUUAUUAACUGAUGGCAUUAAACAAACCCAAAAGCCGACAGAAAGAGGUCGGAUUGGAAAGGGAAUGGAGCCUGUGGGCUUCUAGUGUUUUGUUCAUCAUACUUACAUCUAUCCCCUAUAUUAUUAUUUAGUAUGAAGGCGCUCUGUUUUCUCCACUUCAAUUGCUUUAUGUAUUCACCAAUACUAAAAAUACUUAGAUUGUCUUUUAUACCACUUGUCUUAUUACGAUUGAAUUGAUAAAGCGGUGAAGAUUGUUUUAAUGGACGGCAAUAAAACUAUCAAAUUCAAGAGGGUCUGCGUCUUCUGUGGAAGCAAUCCUGGGCAUAGAAAAGUCUUCAGCGAUGCUGCUGUUGAGUUAGGGAAUGAACUGGUGAAUAGGAAGCUCGAUUUAGUGUAUGGUGGUGGAAGCGUUGGGUUGAUGGGAUUGAUUUCCCAAAGAGUACUUGAUGGAGGGUGCCAUGUCCUUGGGGUUAUUCCAAAAGCUCUUGUACCUCUUGAGAUAUCUGGUGAAACUGUUGGUGAAGUUAGAAUUGUUUCAGACAUGCAUGAGCGUAAAGCUGAAAUGGCUAGGGAGGCCGAUGCUUUUAUUGCACUUCCUGGAGGAUAUGGAACCAUGGAAGAGACAUUGGAGAUGAUAACAUGGUCACAACUUGGGAUUCAUAGAAAACCGGUUGGUCUGCUAAAUGUUGAUGGCUACUAUAACUCUUUGUUUGCGUUAUUCGACAAUGGUGUUGAAGAAGGUUUCAUCAAGCCAGGUGCUCGGCACAUAGUUCUCUCUGCUCCAACUGCCAAAGAGCUUUUAAUAAAGAUGGAGCAAUACACACCUUCCCAUGAUCAUGUUGCCCCUCAUGAAAGCUGGCAAAUGGAGCAACUUGACAACUAUUCUUGGGGACAGAAUCCACAAUGAAUUUCGGCUUUGGUGGUAGGCCUUUCUUUCAAAUAGAUUCCUGAUCUGAUUCAUCAUUGUUUGAAAUGUGUAUGAGAAUCUGUUCAGGUGGGGCCAGAUAUAAUGUAUUACUAUGUACUAUUGUCAAUUCUUUGUGGUUUGAAUUCUCGUAGAUCAUCAUUGCUGUUCUGCACUAAAAACUUUUAGUUUUUAUGGAAUGGUCAAUCCAUUCACUAUUUUGAAGUCAUCUUGGCUGUUACCACCUAUGAGAGGGCAAAGAACUUUGAAAUGC